AUGUCAGUGCUGGGAUUGAAAAAUAUGCCAGAAACCAUUGGGUUUAACCCGACUAAGCGAAGGAGUGGGAAAGUGAGAAGCUUUAAUCGGGAGCAGAAUGCAGGAGCACGCUAUUCGAGGAAGAAACUGCAGAUCGUGAUCUGCCUGCUUUCAAUGGAGCUGUGCGAACGCUUUACUUACUUUGGGAUAGUGUGCAACAUGAUUCUAUAUUGCACUCUGAAACUGGGCUACAAGAACUACCAGGCUGCCAUUAUCAACCUGUGUUUUGUUGGAGCAAGCACCUUGACUCCUGUGCUGGUGGGAUGGUUUGCAGAGUCUUGCAUGGGGAGAACCAAAGUGGUUUACAUCUGUGCACUCCUUCACUUUAUAGGUACAAUGAUGCUGCCUGUCGUUGCAUUCCCCUUUGAGGAUUUCUACAUUGAUACUCACCAUAACAUAGAUGCUCUUGAUAAGGGGGAGCAGACUGUGCUGUUUUUUAUUGGCCUCCUGUCAGCAUCUUUGGGCUCAGGAGGAAUCCGGGCUGUUGUUUGUCCAUUCAGUGCCUACCGGCUACAGGAGUACGAUCAAAGCCAACUUCUAACAUUCUUCAACUGGUUUCACUGGUUUGUGAACUUGAACUCUGCAGUUGUCUUUGUGGGCAUUGCCUACAUUCAACAAUCUAUUGCGAAAAACCUGGGCUUCCUUAUUCCUUUUGCAUCCAUACUGAUGACCCUUCUUACUAUUCACAUGGUGCAGAACAGACUUAUAUAUCAACCCAAGUCAGUUAUAGGUCACCUGUGUGCAGUCUUGUCUGUAGUGGUCGCUGGGAUAUCAGAGAUGAGCAGGAGAAACUUUCUGCAGGUGGAACAGACUCUGUCUGGAAAGGUGCUCCUUGUGUCUUCAAUGCCUUGCUUUCAUCUUGCUCCUCAGUACCUCUUGCUCGGAAUCUCUGAGGCAUUGGUCACACCUGCUUGUAAGCUGAUUACAUUCAGACUGUCUCCAAAGAGCAUUCGAGGCAUUGCAAUGCAGUUCAUGACACUCUUCAAUAGUGCAGGCUGCUUUGUGGGAGCGAUGAUUAUUCAAACUACCCACCAAGUAUCUGGAGGUAAUUGGUUUCCAAAUAAUCUGAAUGUUGGGAAUUUGGACACAUUCUUUUUUCUCCUGGCUGCGUUCAUGCUUCUGAAUAUUCUGGGAUUAUGGCGAAUUUCUCACAGAUACAGAGACCUUCAACAGGAAAAUGACCAAUAUGUUAAAGGAGUUCUUCUGGAAAAGCUAAUGGAGCACGAAAAGUCUCUGAAAUUCUAUGACAGUGUUGUGGAUUGGCCCACCUUCUCCUAUCCCAGGGAGAUCAUACUAUGAGAACAAAUUCAAAGGGGGGUAGUGCUGGCAUUACCUGCAAACAA